AUGUCUUCAGUGAACCAGCCACGCGCACAGGCUGUCGUCACUCAACCAGGAACGCCAUCGGCAUUACCCACCAAUCUCACCUCGCAGAUCGAUCUUCUCACGUCUCUUCACCUGUGGGCCUGGCCUGCAUUGACGCUCGCGAUCCAGAAUUCCUGGGGUGGCUCGUCUCAAGUCUCUCACGACAAGCGAGACUGGUUCGCUGGGGCCGUCUCAGAGCUCCUGACCUCCAAUCCACCGCAACUCGCCGAUGUCUCCGACCUCGAGGAAGUCCUGCUACAAGUCAUGGUCGACGAGUUCGAGGUGGUCGUUGACGACGGGAGUGCUGAAGAGACGGCGCGCGAGAUCUGGGCGGGGGCUACCAAGCUACAUGCUGGAGACCUGUCCGAGCUGACUGCACUGUACGCCAAGUGGCAGGAGAGGCAGAACAAAAUAGGCGGGAAAGAGGUCGUUUCGGGGAUCGUGCGCGGCGAGGACAAAGACGCGGACGACACGGAUUGGGACGAUAGCGACGAGGAUGAGGAAGAGUGGAACGGAUUCUCCGAUCGACCGGCGAAUGGUGAUGUUGACAUGGACGAAGCCCCGCCGCUGGUCGACGCUGGGAAACUGAAGCAAAAGGCCGAACCUGAAGUCGACGAAGAAGGCUUCACCAAAGUUGUUAGCAAGAAGAAAAGAUGA